UCAAAGUCCAGUAUCGUACCUCUCGUCUCCGCUAAGAUCUCAAGACAUUCAGCAAAGCUAACCAGCCGUCAUCAUCAGCAGCAACAGCAUGCUCCGUACGAGCGUCAAGGUGGCAUCUACCUCCAGUGAAUUGGUUGGUGCUACUGGACGUCGGUAUUUCUUCAAAGAAUUGAUUCAAGAGAGACCGCACCUGGGGCGUGUCUGGUUGGCAACAUCCGGGUAUGAUAAAUUUGUCUUGAAGGAUAUUCCUAAAGACAUAUUCUCAGGCUUCAAUGAGAGCAUACGGCCUAGGCUUCGCGAAAACCCCUACAUACGGUUACCAUACCUGACCGAUGAUUUCCUGAGCCUUGUCAGGAAGCAAAUUCCGAUGCAAGCCAGGAAGCAAAUCCUCAAGGCUAGUUUGCGAGGGAUUGUCGAAUUACACGACCGAGAUAUCGUCCAUCUAGAUAUCAAGCCUAACAAUAUCAUGGUCAACCGCCGCCACGUCAAUCAAGAGACCAUAGUGGAACACGCGCAGAUCACUGACCUCGAAAAUGCGGCUUACCUCCCUAAAGGCAGGUGUAUUAAAGGGAUGCUGGCUGGCAAUGACAAUUGGCGAAGUCCAGAGGCGCAUUUCAAGGGCGAGCUCAACAAACCGUCUGACAUAUUCUCGUUUGGAGUCGUGUGCAUAUACGCUGUGCUCGGGCGUGUUAUAUUCGGGCCUGAUGACGAUUUUCAAAAACAUCAAGUGCAGUGUGCACUCCCUGCUCUCAUUCGCUUGCAGCGUCAAGUUUCGUACUUCGGGGACCAGGAAGGAUUGAAUGGGCUCAUGAAGCACGUUGGCGACGAGGAAGUCAAUUGCCAGGUCCUGCGGAUGCUUUGGGAAGAGCGGACCGAAGACUACAUCCCGUACGAACCAUUUUCGAAUUGGUCAGACGUUAACGACGCGGUGUUCAAAGAUCUCAUCCAGGGGAUGACGAAUCUGGACCCUACGAAGCGGAUCACGGCGCAUCAGGCGUUAGAACAUCCCUGGUUUGCAGGCUUCGAGAUUAAUUAG